AGCAAUGCAUUAUGGGCUAGAGAGUAGCAGCUCGGCUAAGUUAGCCAAACAGCUAACUCCUCAGUGCGUCCCAGAUGCUGUGGAGUGUAAAUUACAGUGUUUCUUUAUCUGACUCAUAGUAACGAUGAAGUUUAUGAGCCGCAAACUCAAAGUCAACGAUGGAAGAGACUUCUCGGAGGAGAAGUGUCGUCUGGAGUUUCUUUAAAAUCACAGACUGUGAAUCGGUCCAGUGUCUCCUCUGCAGCAGCUUCUUGCAGAAAAACAUGAACGGCUCCACCACCUCGAUGCUGAGACACCUGCGGGUCAAACAUCCCACACUGGUCAGAAACGGACAAGUGUCUGAAACUACCACCAGCAGCGACAUGCAGGACAUGGACGUAGACGAAGAACAACAGUUCUGCUCCGUUGAAGUGGUGCUGGAGGACGGAGACUCUGACGUUACUGCCCCAGUAAAUGAAGCUGACAUGACUUCUGCUGAUAUCAAUGGACUCCUGGACGUUUCACAAGAUGGUCCAGCAGAGCAAAUGACACGUUCAGAGGCGGAUGAUGAUCGCCCUGUAUUACGCACACAACACAAACGCAGUUUGAUUUGGAGGUACUUUGAGCUCUUGGACAGCCUGAACGCUGCUCGCUGUCGCAUAUGCAAGAAGAAGUUACAGUAUUCAUACGGCGGCACCAGCAACCUGCGUCGACACUUGUCCAAGAGACACCCGAAGGUUUUCUCUGCACUAGUAGCCAACGGGCAGCAAACACCAACAUUAAACCCAUCACAGGAUUCAAAGACUAAUGGUGACACUGAUGAGACCUUUAGGAUGACAGAGCAGAGACGACUUCCUGUGGAAACGGCACUGGAGAACGGAGACUCUGACGUUACUGCCCCAGUUAAUGAAACUGACAUGACUUCUGCUGAUAUCAAUGGACUCCUGGAUGUUUCACAAGAUGGUCCAGCAGAGCAAAUGACACGUUCAGAGGCGGAUGAUAAUCGCUCUGUCGGACACACACCACACAAACGCAGCUUAAUUUGGAGGUACUUUGAGCAUUUGGACAGCCUAAAUGCUGCUCGCUGCCGCAUUUGCAUGAAGAAGUUACAGUAUUCGUACGGCAGCACCAGCAACCUGCGUCGACACUUGUUAAAGAGACACCCGAAGGUUUUCUCUGCACUCGUAGCCAACGGACAGCAAACACCAACAUUAAACCCAUCACAGGACGCAAAGACUAACGGUGACACUGAUGAGACCUUUAGGAUGACAGAGCAGAGACGACUUCCUGGUGCAUUGAAGGUUUCAGGAGCCUCUGAAGGUGAAAGGCGAGUGUUCAGGAGGGAGAGGGAGCUGAUAGAAGCUCUGAGGAGGGCGCAGAAGGAGGAGGCUCGAGCUCUGGAGCAUCAGAGGGAGCUGCUGGAGAGGCUGCGUGCAGCUGAUGCCAGAGAGGCAGCUGCAGAAAGGGAGAAAAUAGAGUCUCUGAGGAAAGCACAGCAGGAGGAAGCCAACGAGUUAAGUAGACAGAGAGAGGAGCUGCAGAAGGAAAAGGCAGAGCUGCAUAAGAAAUGGGAAGAGCUUCAACAGGAAAGAGAAGGACUUCUGUUGCUUUCCAGAGGACAAUAAGCACACUGAUUGAAGCUGGAGACAGACUCUGUUAUCGCUGAUCUUAGCUAUUCUUUAAAUGCUUUGGGACCAAAUUAAUACACAGAAUGAUGUGAAGAUGUGAAGUUCUCUGCUAAUAAAGUAUAUUUUGCAAAUAA